AUUGGCGGCCUUGUUAGUCGCGCGCAGCCAUAUUGCUAUCCCAUCGUUUCCCAAUGUUUCUUCUCGACGGCUGGGAUAAUAAUGAUUCACGAACUUCUGCUGGCUCUCAGCGGGUACCCGGGUACGAUAUUCACAUGGAAUAAGCGCACUGGUUUACAGGUGUCGCAGGAGCUGCCUUUCCUGCAUCCCAGUGAGAUCAGCGUCCUGAGCCGCCUGUGCAAGCUGGGCUCCGACUACAUCCGCUUCACAGAGUUCAUUGAGCAGCACACCGGCCACGUCCAUCAGCAAGAGCACCAUCCAAAUCAGCCAAACCAAGCUGGACUCAAUGGGAUCUAUCUUCGGGCCUUUUGCACAGGACUGGACUCUAUGUUGCAGCCCUAUCGACAAGCUUUGCUUGACCUUGAACAGGAGUUCCUUGGCGAUCCACAUCUUUCUAUUUCUCAUGUAAAUUAUAUGCUGGACCAGUUUCAGCUGCUUUUUCCUUCUGUCAUGGUGGUGGUAGAGACCAUCAGAUCUCAGAAGAUUCAUGGCUGUCAGAUUCUGGAGACUGUGUACAAGCACAGCUGUGGGGGGCUGCCACCUGUCCGCAUGGCCUUGGAGAAGAUUUUGGCAGUGUGCCAUGGUGUGAUGUACAAACAACUGGCUGCGUGGAUGCUGCAUGGGCUGCUGUUGGAUCAGAGUGAGGAGUUUUUUGUGAAACAAGGUCCAAGUGCAGGGGGUGCUGCUGCAGCUCAAGAGGAAGAGGAGGAGGACUUGGGGAUUGGUGGGCUCAGUGGAAAACAGCUUCGAGAGCUGCAGGAUUUGAGACUGAUUGAGGAAGAGAACAUGCUGGCUCCAUCCCUGCAACAGUUCUCUCUUCGUACUGAGAUGCUGCCUUCAUAUAUCCCUGUCCGUGUGGCUGAAAAGAUCCUGUUUGUUGGUGAAUCUGUCCAAAUGUUUGAGAAUCACAACCAAAAUCCUUCCCGUGCUGGUUCCAUCCUGAAGCACCAAGAAGACAUGUUUGCUGCAGAGCUUCACCGACUCAAACAGCAGCCACUCUUCAGUCUGGUAGACUUUGAGAAUCUUAUUGAUGGAAUUCGGAGCACAGUUGCAGAGCAUCUGUGGACAUUGAUGGUUGAGGAGUCUGAUCUAUUGGGGCAACUUAAGAUCAUUAAAGACUUCUACCUGCUGGGGAGAGGUGAACUCUUCCAGGCUUUCAUUGAUCAUGCACAGCACAUGCUGAAGACUCCUCCUACUGCUGUUACAGAGCAUGAUGUAAAUGUGGCUUUUCAGCAAGCAGCUCACAAGGUAUUGCUCGAUGACGACAAUCUGCUGCCCCUCCUACAUCUCACCAUUGAUUAUCAAGGAAAAGAAGCUAAAGAGGCUGCUGGGACUCGAGAGGGUGCUACACCUCCACAGGACUCCUCUCCCCGGGAGGUUCCACCGACAGGCUGGGCUGCUCUGGGAUUGGCAUACAAAGUGCAAUGGCCCCUGCACAUCUUGUUCACUCCUGCUGUACUGGAGAAGUACAAUGUGGUGUUUCGAUACCUGCUCGGUGUGCGUCGAGUGCAGUCAGAACUGCAACAUUGUUGGGCACUCCAGAUGCAGAGGAAGCACCUGAAGUCCAACCAGACUGAUGCAGUCAAGUGGAGACUGCGAAACCACAUGGCUUUUUUAGUGGAUAAUCUACAGUACUACUUGCAGGUUGAUGUGUUGGAAUCUCAGUUCUCCCAACUCUUGCAACAAAUUAACUCAACUAGAGACUUUGAGAGCAUCAGGCUGGCCCAUGAUCACUUUCUGAGCAACCUGCUAGCACAGUCCUUCAUCCUCCUCAAGCCUGUAUUUCACUGCUUAAAUGAGAUCCUGGAACUUUGUCACAGCUUCUGCUCACUAGUCAGUCAGAAUUUGGGUCCACUGGAUGACAGGGGUGCAGCCCAAUUGGAUAUUUUAGUGAAGGGCUUCAGUCGGCAGUCUUUCCUGCUGUUUAAGAUCUUGUCCAGUGUACGGAACCAUCAGAUAAAUUCUGACCUUGCGCAGCUGCUGCUUCGGCUGGACUACAACAAAUAUUACACCCAGUCAGGGGGCACCCUAGGAAGUUUUGGUAUGUAAGGCAAUAUUUUAAGAAGGUCCACGAUGCAAGACCAAAACACCUGUCUCAGUUGUCCCAAGACCAACCAUUGUGAUGUGCUGCAGCCCAAUCUUUGGACAUAAAAUGGCUCUGCAGUACCAUUUCUUUCUUUAAAUAAAAAAAAAAUAAAAAAAAGCCAGCUGUAUU